UCUUGACCAUCAUGUAUUCCUUUUCUCGCCCUCGACAACAGGACUAUCCGUUCCACUUGGCAUUCCUCUUCUUCUCCGGAGGACCACUCUUACUCGUUGCUCAUACACACAACACAGGUCAAAAACACAGACAUCAUGGAUCGCAACUCCCAAACAUUCAUCUCAUGUGCCUCUGGCGCCGAAGCAGGGAAUAUACUGCCCUUUCUCAAGUUCCCAAAUGAGAUACGAAACCACAUUUACAAGGACUAUCUCCUGCUCGACGAGGGCUACGAGCUGAACCCGCACACCAACAAGGUGCGAAUCAGCAAGGGAAGACCGAUCCGGUUCGACUUGAUGUACACUUGCAAACGCGUGGCGAUGGAGAUGCGAGGCCUGCCUCUGUCGCUGAACACCAUUACUUUCUCGGCUUUCCAUCCUCAGUCCGACAUCGACCGUGCCAUCGUCGGACGCUUCGGUCACGCCAUCUCCUUGUUGGAUGAGGAACUAAACGCAAACUUCUACGAGACCAAGCCGAACCUCUUCCACGACAAGGUGGUCAGCGAAAUCUCCGACGCCUACCCUGCCUUCGCCCCAGUUUUGGACGUCAUGAGGACUGGUCAGAACAAAGUUUUGAGUCACUUCUGCAGCCCUUUUGGCCAAACCCCAUCCGCCUGUCGCAACUUCAUCCAUUUCACCCUCGAUCGCAUCUUAUUGCACAGAGCUUUAUACCGAGACGACCAUGAUGCCUACGUUAAUGCUCUUGACAUCCCAGAAGGGUGCCCGCCCCUUGACGAGAUUGUCCUCGGCUACAACCCGGCUUUCUGGAGGAUUCCUACCCAAGACCACCUCGAGCGCCUUUACCAUAUAUUUGGUGGGCGCCAUGAGGUUGCAGUACGUUGCUCUAAGAACGAUGUAUUCAAAGAUGAGAGGCCGCCCUCGGACCUAAGGAGGUUUCGCUACUCGGCCGCUGCUGCCGCCAUCCGAUUCCUGGACUCCAUCUCCCAGGCAUCUCGCAGCUGCCUCCGAGAUACCCGCCUGCUCGAAGAUCGACCGUCCGUUGCAAGUCCCGAGUGCCACGGCUUAGGACUGAUCCGCUUCUGCCAAGAGAACCCUCUCCUGCGCGUCGAGCGUCGCGUGAGCCUGUGGAACACCGUCUUUGCAGGAGACCCCUAUCGCCAGAAAGCACGGCAAGCGAGACAAGCCCCGACGCGGAUAUUGGUCGACGAGAUUUCCGAGAGAAUAGCGGCCUGGAUCGUCGAGGCUCUGGCGUUGGCGGCGGCGGGCAUGCCGCAGGACUCCUUCACCUUGGUCUUUGACGGCGAUUCGGAGGGAGACUGGAAAUGCGAGCAGAUAUUCCAACAGGUCGUUUUGCGCGACGCCGCCUGGCAGCAAGCCAUGGACGAGUGCUUCGAGCAAGGCAUACUCCCACCUCAGUCUUGGGCGGCAAGGAGACUCAACCCGAGACGCGCUGGAGACUGGUCCUUCAUCCCAGGAUAUCCAAACCGUGACAGGCCUGUAAACUGUUGCUAUCUUCUCGACGGGUUCCCGCAGGCGAUGCGAGACAUCGUCAACGGGAACUCCGUCGUCCGCUGCAGUUUCCACCCAGGCAAGCCUUGGGUUGUCGAGAGCUUGAUCGAUGAACAGAGACUGUGGUCUCUGGGGGAAUGGAAGUUCCGAUGGAGCCGAGAAGGAAAGUACUGUCUUCGUGAUCACCCUGGGCAAACGACGGCCCUCGAUGCGAGGAGUGUCGUGGAAGAGGUGGAAGACGAAGGCCGAACGUCAGAAUCGGAGUCGGGCGACGAAGCACUCUGAU